GCCCGGCCCCGGCCCCGGCCCCGUCGCCCAUGGGGAGCGCGGCCCGGCGGCGGCCCGGCGGCCCCGCUCGCACAUAGCCCGGCGGGGCAUGCCCGGCCCCAGGAUGCCGGCCUGGGGGAUCCUGCCCGUCACGCUGCCUGCCUUCACCAUCACCGGCAUGUGGAUCGUAUAUGCCAUGGCACUGUCCAACAACCACAUCUGCCCUGUCCACAACUGGAGUUACAACCAGUCGUGUGACAUGGACGGCCCCAGCUCCUGCUGCACGCUGGAUCACAUCCCCCUCGUCAGCAAGUGUGGCACCCUGCCUCCCGAGAGCUGCUUCUUCAGCCUCAUCUGCAGCCUGGGCUCCUUCAUGGUCAUCCUGGUGGGACUGCUGCGCUAUGCCCACCUCCUGGAGCGCCUGGGGCCAUCCCUCCUCAACACCCUGGGGCUGGCCACUGGCUGGGUCUGCGCUGCUGGCCUCACCAUGGUUGGCAACUUUCAGGUGGAUCACGCCAAGGUGCUACACUACAUUGGGGCGGGGGUGGCCUUUCCCACCAGCAUGCUGUUCCUGCUCCUGCAGUCCAUCCUCACCUACCGCAUGGCCAAAACCCGAGGGCAAUACUGGACCGGCCACUUACGUAGCAUCCUCACCACUGUGGCCUUCUUCACCCUCGUCUUCAGUGGCGUGUUCUUCAUCCAGGAGAGCUUCGUGCUACAGCACGUGGCUGCCUUGUGUGAGUGGAUGUUCAUCAUUGAUGUCCUGGUUUUCUACGGCACGUUCACCUUUGAAUUUGGGGCCAUCUCCACAGACACCUUCCUGGUCCUGCUGAAAGCCAGCCGGGCCCCCAAAAGUUACAAGGGUGAGAGCAGCCUGUCCAGUACGGCCAACAUCCAUGGCCAUGUGGAGGGCCUGGCUAUGGCCUGAGCCCCACAGGAGGCAGCCCAUAGUGGAGACCCCAAACUGGGCUCUGCCAGUGACUCCCCACCUUGAAUAUCUCUGAAAACCCCGCUGCUGUGUGUUUGUGUGUGUUUAUGUGUGUGUGUGUAUGUGUUUGUGUGUGUGUGUGUGUGUGUUUAUAUGUGUGUGUGUGUGUGUGUGUGUGUGUGUGUGUGUGUGCAUGUGGGCCUGCGGUGCCCUCCACUCUCAGCAGGAGCUGUGUCCAGUGCUCCUCUGGCAGCUGCUGCCCCUGCAAUAGCUGUCCCUCCCUGCCCACAGGGUUUGGGGUCACUGCUGGGGUGUGGGGAUGCCAGCCUGGUGCUAUCAGCAGAGCCAGGAUCUGCCCCUGAGCCUCGGGGGUAGCCUGUUCUGAGUCGGGCUGCUGAAGGCAAUCAUACUGAGGCUUCCUCCUGUAAGGGACAUGGGGGAGCAGGGGGCUCACUCUCCCUUCACCACACAAGCCUGGUGUGCUGGAAGGGGAUGAGAUCUCUGUUCUUCACUCCUCCACAGGGGUAAGCAAGCCUUCCAGCUGGCUACUGUGACUGUCAGAGGAGCCAAAAACACAGAGUGCCUUUUCCCUUUCUUGGAAAGUGACUGCACUGCCAGUCUGUCUGCAACCCCAGUGAAGAUGGCAGCAGGGAGUGUCUCCCUGCCUGCCUUCCCAGGUGCGGGUGGUGUCUCACUGUGCUGCGGAUUGACACCGGCAGCCUCAGCUGGACAGUGCUGACCCCCCCCGUGCCAGGGCUCUCACUGCUCAGGGCCUUCUAUGCCAUCAGUCAGUGUCCUGCAUUUUUUCAGCUUGAGAAUUGAUGAGGCAGGUUUCACCUCUCUGGUCACAGCAUUUCCCUGCUUCCAGCUAGUUUGGGAAACGAGUCUUCAAAUUUACAUCAUAUGGGGGAUGUCCUGCAGGCACCAUGCCUACUGAACAGGAGACUUCUGCUCUGUGCCGCUGCCAGCCCAAGCUGUCCCGGGGAGUGCAGCCAUGGAAAGGGGAAGCACUUCUGUAGGAACAGAGGAUUUGUGUGCCCCAUUCUUCUGGGACUCCCAAAUCCGUCCUCUGGCGCCUUGGCCAAUGCCUGCCUGGCGGGAGCUCAUCCCGCUCAGCCACAGCAUCCUUGGGCUGAGGUGAGCCCGGGGUUUCCUGGGCAGGGGGUUGAGCUGUUGAGGGGUAUGAGUGCUGUGUGUGCGUGUGUGUGUAUGCAUAGAUCUACAAAUAUAUAUAUAUAUAUAUAUAUAUACACAUACAUACAUAUAUAUAUAUAUAUAUAUAUAUAUAUAUAUAUAUAAAAUCCCCUUGUCCCUGGAGAGGGGCAUUUACUGCUGCUGCUGCUGCUGCUGUGCGCAUUGAUCAAGUUGGGCUUUCCUGUUUGCCCACCUUUUCCAAACCGGCCUGUAAAUCCACCAGUAUAUGUAGUUCAAAGAGGAGCCUUUCUGACUUUUGUAUCUAAUAUAUUUUUUAAAAAGUAUAUAUAAAGACAACAGUGAAUUUACAAUAAUAA